CUAAUCCAAUCCUGUUCCAAACACACCCAUAUGCCAAACCAAGAAUUGAUCAAUCUUCUCAUUCCAUAUCUAUUGUAUCUUGGAUUCUUGAAUACCACGUAAACACCAUGGAAGACGGUCGUUUCGUCAAGGAUAGUUAUUGGUUUUACGCCCCGAAUAAGGGAGCCCCGAUAUUCUUUGCCAUCGCCUAUCUUGCUACAGGCCUGGUCCAUUUUUGGCAAGCAGCGCAUUACAAAAGUUGGAGGCUCACCGGCCUAUAUGCUUUCUGCUCGCUUCUGUUCGUAGCCGGCUUCAUUGUCAGAGAGCUUGCGGCAUUCGACUAUUCGAACCUCACCUACUAUAUCGCCUCCGUGUGUCUCGUCUACGCUGCGCCCCCUCUUUAUGAGCUAGGUAAUUACCAUGUACUCGGUCGUAUACUUUACUUCGUUCCUUACUAUUCGCCGAUCCACCCCGGCCGAGUCUUGACAACCUUCGCUGCCAUUUCCAUGGUUGUCGAGGCACUCAGUGGGGUAGGAGCGGCUUAUAUAUCUAACCAGACGUUGCCAAAGGACAUGCAGCAUGCGGGCCAGAAGUUGCUUCAAGCUGCUUUGAUACUGCAACUUGUCGUUGUGUCCCUCUUCGUGUUGCUUGCGGGAACCUUCCACAUGAAGUGCCGGAAGAACGGCAUCAACCAUCCCAAGGUUAACCAGCCGCUCAUGACUCUCUAUAUUAGCAGUGCUAUUGUCAUGGUCAGAUGUAUCUAUCGAACAGUUGAGUUUUUCGACUCGACCACGUUAAGCACAUUGAAGCCCGGAUUCGACCCCGAGACCGUCAGCCCUAUCAUUCGCUACGAAUGGUUCUUUUACGUCUUCGAAGCGACACUCAUGCUAUGCAACAGCGUGCUGUUGAAUGUCCGCCAUCCCCGCCGCUGGUUACCGAAGUCCACCAAAGUCUACCUUGCCAAAGACGGCGUGUCGGAAAUCACAGGGCCGGGAUACAAGGAGGAGAGAAACAUCGUUGCUACGCUCCUUGACCCUUUCGACAUAUACGGUAUGAUCAAGGGCAGAGAUCAAGCGACGCGAUUCUGGGAGACGAGCAACAACCACGGAGAGCCGAAGGCCGAGAUUGAUCGUAUGUUGCCGAUGAAUCCGGGACAUGCUCAUACCGCUGUCUGAUGACGACAAGAGUUAAAACCAAAGACUCGAGGCAUACCUACCCAGCUACAAGUUUAGGCGCCACGUCUGGAUUGCACGGAUGGUGGAGAUAACGAUGAUUGUGACGUUGUUGGAGAGACGGUCCCGACGUGGUGAGAUUUAUGAUCGUCAUCCUCAUAAAUGGGAACGUAAUAAACGCCGCGCGAAGGAUCCAUGCGGCGUUUAGUAUAUAGAUGUUUGAAAUUGGCUAUAGAGUAAGGAUUCGGAGUAAAUGAGUUUUCAUUUUUCCUCCCUCGGAAUCGGGAAGGGAGCCGCACGGUGUGGGAUCCCGAAUUAUUGGCUUUUAUAGAUACCUGGAUACCUAUGAUUUAUGGCGAAUUGAUUCGAAACGCGCGAAACAUUUGAAUAGUUCCAUCCUGUCAGAAUUAAACCAGUUCUUUGAAACAAGCCACAUAGGCACACGUAGGUACUAAUGACAAUUCCUAUAAUCUGACAGUCUGAUUAUUAUCUGAGCCUAG